GAAAAAAAGAUGUGAAAAGAUUCUACUCGCUUUUGGCCUCCCGGAGGUGGCGCUAUGAGGGUGACGGAGUUAAUUAGUGCUUCCAAACGCCGUGUGUGAGCUCAUCGAAGUCAUGCUCUGCACACAUAUUAUUUAUAGCAGAUCUGAGGCAUGCAUGGUGUUUGACAUUUCUGUCUUUAUAAGUAGGGGGACUUCAAAAAGUCGUGGGCAUUUCCCUAGGCAAAGUGCAGUGGGCAGGGACCAGGGUGCGGGCGCAAGGCGAACGCGCAGACCACGAGUGUCCUGGCGCAGGUGCCAGGGGCGGCGGCUGCAACUCCGCAGCGUCCGCUCGGGAGGAGAGUUCGCGGCUGAUCUCCGGAUGCCUUGCAGAUGCAAAAUGUGUCUCUGGCCAGCAGGAGGAAGGAAGAGGAAGUGAGAGCAGCGGCAGCCGGCGGUGCAGCAGCCGGCCGACCCAGAGUGUAAGUGCGUGUGCUGGGGCGAGCGGGAGCGGGCGAGAAUGGGCACAAGAUAGAGGUAGAGCCACCCACGCCGCCGCGGCCCCACGCUGGGCGACAGAGCCUCCAGUUCCCCUUCAAUGGUGGCGGGUCGCCGCAGCUCUGAUCGCCGGGAACCCUUGCCGCUGCUGUCCUGCGACCCCUAGCAGGUAUAGACACGUGUGGCCGUUUACACUGUAGGAUCCCCAGUCCCACUGGCUUUGAACAUUUUGGAGGCUUACAAUGCCGCCACCCGCGGACAUCGUCAAGGUGGCCAUCGAAUGGCCGGGCGCCUACCCCAAACUCAUGGAAAUUGAUCAGAAAAAACCACUGUCUGCAAUAAUAAAGGAAGUCUGUGAUGGGUGGUCUCUUCCCAACCAUGAAUAUUUUGCACUGCAGCAUGCUGAUAGUUCAAACUUCUAUAUCACAGAAAAGAACCGCAAUGAGAUAAAAAAUGGCACUAUCCUUCGAUUAACCAAAUCUCCAGCUCAGAACGCCCAGCAGCUCCAUGAACGAAUCCAGUCCUCGAGUAUGGAUGCCAAACUGGAAGCCCUGAAGGACUUGGCCAGCCUCUCCCGGGAUGUCACAUUUGCCCAGGAGUUUAUAAACCUGGAUGGCAUCUCUCUCCUCACGCAGAUGGUGGAGAGCGGCACUGAGCGAUACCAGAAAUUGCAGAAGAUCAUGAAGCCUUGCUUUGGAGACAUGCUGUCCUUCACCCUGACGGCCUUUGUUGAGCUGAUGGACCAUGGCAUAGUGUCCUGGGAUACAUUUUCGGUGGCAUUCAUUAAGAAGAUAGCAAGUUUUGUGAACAAGUCAGCCAUAGACAUCUCGAUCCUGCAGCGGUCCUUGGCCAUUUUGGAGUCGAUGGUGCUCAAUAGCCAUGACCUCUACCAGAAAGUGGCGCAGGAGAUCACCAUCGGCCAGCUCAUUCCACACCUGCAAGGGUCAGAUCAAGAAAUCCAAACCUAUACUAUUGCAGUGAUUAAUGCACUUUUCCUGAAGGCUCCUGAUGACAGGAGGCAGGAGAUGGCGAAUAUUUUGGCUCAGAAGCAAUUGCGUUCCAUCAUUUUAACACAUGUCAUCCGAGCCCAAAGGGCCAUCAACAAUGAGAUGGCGCAUCAGCUGUAUGUUCUGCAAGUGCUCACCUUUAACCUCCUGGAAGACAGGAUGAUGACCAAAAUGGACCCCCAGGACCAGGCUCAGAGGGACAUCAUAUUUGAACUUCGAAGAAUUGCUUUUGAUGCUGAGUCUGAACCUAAUAACAGCAGUGGCAGCAUGGAGAAACGCAAGUCCAUGUACACGCGAGAUUAUAAGAAACUUGGCUUCAUUAAUCAUGUCAACCCUGCCAUGGACUUCACGCAGACUCCACCUGGGAUGUUGGCUCUGGACAACAUGCUGUACUUUGCCAAGCACCACCAAGAUGCCUACAUCCGGAUUGUGCUUGAGAACAGUAGCCGAGAAGACAAGCAUGAAUGUCCCUUUGGCCGCAGUAGUAUAGAGCUGACCAAGAUGCUGUGUGAGAUCUUGAAAGUGGGCGAGUUGCCUAGUGAGACCUGCAACGACUUCCACCCGAUGUUCUUCACCCACGACAGAUCCUUUGAGGAGUUUUUCUGCAUCUGUAUCCAGCUCCUGAACAAGACAUGGAAGGAAAUGAGGGCAACUUCUGAAGACUUCAACAAGGUAAUGCAGGUGGUGAAGGAGCAGGUUAUGAGAGCACUUACAACCAAGCCUAGCUCCCUGGACCAGUUCAAGAGCAAACUGCAGAACCUGAGCUACACCGAGAUCCUGAAAAUCCGCCAGUCCGAGAGGAUGAACCAGGAAGAUUUCCAGUCCCGCCCGAUUUUGGAACUAAAGGAGAAGAUUCAGCCAGAAAUCUUAGAGCUGAUCAAACAGCAACGCCUGAACCGCCUCGUGGAAGGGACCUGCUUUAGGAAACUCAACGCCCGGCGGAGGCAAGACAAGUUUUGGUAUUGUCGGCUUUCUCCAAAUCACAAAGUCCUGCAUUACGGAGACUUAGAAGAGAGUCCUCAGGGAGAAGUGCCUCACGAUUCCUUGCAGGACAAACUGCCGGUGGCAGAUAUCAAAGCCGUGGUGACGGGAAAGGACUGCCCUCAUAUGAAAGAGAAAGGUGCCCUUAAACAAAACAAGGAGGUGCUUGAACUCGCUUUCUCCAUCUUGUAUGACUCAAACUGCCAACUGAACUUCAUCGCUCCUGACAAGCAUGAGUACUGUAUCUGGACGGAUGGACUGAAUGCGCUACUCGGGAAGGACAUGAUGAGCGACCUGACGCGGAAUGACCUGGACACCCUGCUCAGCAUGGAAAUCAAGCUCCGCCUACUGGACCUGGAAAACAUCCAGAUCCCUGAUGCGCCUCCGCCAAUUCCCAAGGAGCCCAGCAACUAUGACUUCGUCUAUGACUGUAACUGAAGUGGCCGGGCCCAAACACGCCCCUUCCAAAACUGGAACACCUAGCUAACAGGAGAGAGGAAUGAAAACACGCCCACGCCUUGGAACCCUCCUUUGGUAAAGGGAAGCUGUGGGUCCACACUCCCUUCAGCAUCACCUCUAACCCCGGCAACUUUCAGCCCCUAGCUGGCAUUUUGCUCACCACCCUGAUUCUGUUCCUCGGCUCCACUGCUUCAGGUCACUUCCCAUGGCUGCAGUCCACCGGUGGGACAAGAGCAAAGCCCACUGCCAGUAAGAAGGCCAAAGGGCCCUUCCAUCCUAGCCCCCCGCAGGCAUGCCCUUCCUUCCCCAUGGCAGGAAAGCCAGCAGCCCCAAACUGCCCCAAAACUUGCCCACCAGACCAAGGGGAGUGCCCCAAGGCCCCUGUCUGGAGGAAAUGGCCCAGCUAUUUGAUAAGAAGACCAAACCCCACAUCCUCCUUUCCCCUCUCUCUAGAAUCAUCUCAUACCACCAGUUCCACUUGAAUUGAGAUCUGCGCUCAAAUCUCCUCCCACCUCCCUCCCUGCUUUUGCCUUGCUCUGUUCCUCUUUGGUCCCAAGAGCAGCAGCCGCAGCCUCCUCAUGAUCCUCCCUAGCAUCAGUUUCCCAAACAGUCCACAGGUCCCACGCCCACUUUGCGUCUGCACUGUGAUCGUGACAAAUCUUCCCUCCUCACCAGCUAGUCUGGGGUUUCCUCUCCCUGCCCCAGGCCAGAACUGCCUUCUUCAUUUCCACCCACACUCCCAGCCUUUUAGCUGAAAGCACAAAUGGUGAAAUCAGUAGUCUCGCUCCAUCUCUAAUAGACUAAACCUAAAUGCCUCUAGGACGGGCUGUUGCUAUCCAAGGGUUUGGUGUUACCUUCUCCUGGGAGGUCCUGCUGCAACAUGAGUUCCACAGGAUGGUCAAACUGUCAGACAUCCAAGUUUACAUCAUUGUAAUUAUUACUGGUAUUUACAAUUUGCAAGAGUUUUGGGUUAGUGUUUUUUUUUUUGUUUUUGUUUUUGUUUUUGUUUUUGUUUUUUUUUUUUGCUUUGUUUUUGUACAAAAGAGUCUAACAUUUUUUGCCAAACAGAUAUAUAUUUAAUGAAAAGAAGAGAUACAUAAAUGUGUGAAUUUCCAGUUUUUUUUUAAUUAUUUUAAUCCCAAACAUCUUCCUGAAAAUAACAUUCCCUUAAACAUGCUGUGGAAUAAAAUGGAUUGUGAUGAUUUGG